AUCAUGUCCCUCACUACCUCCACCAUCCCUAUAUAGAGGGAUCUUAAGCCAUUGGUAGCCUAUUUUAAGGGGAACUCUUUAUUAAAAAAAAAAAGUCGGAAAGACAAUAUACUAGUUGCAUUGACAUAAAGUUGUAUUGCUUAUUACACUAUAAAAGCAAAACCCAUGUAAGCCACCACUACCUAUCUUACUUCUUUGGAGUUCAGAGCUGUCUAAACUAAAACUUAAAAGAGAGAAAUCACCAAAAAGCUGAGAACAAGGAUCAGAAAAAUCUUUCUUGUUCCUUUUAUAUGCCCAAAAAUAAACACACCCCUUAAUAACUACUCCCUCCGUCUCAUUUUAUAGUUGUCGCGAUAACAUAUUAACAUGGAAGAGGGAAUGCCAGGCUUUUGCAUCCAAACAACACAAGCAACAAGGGCUAGGAGUGCUUCUUAUGGUAGUGGUUGCGGCGGCGGUCCGCCUAGCAGCGGCACCAAGUGCGGACGGUGGAACCCGACGGCGGAACAAGUUAAGGUUCUUACAGACCUCUUUAGGGCGGGGCUCCGAACUCCAAGUACUGACCAGAUUCAAAAGAUAUCAAAUCAGUUGAGCUUUUAUGGUAAGAUUGAAAGUAAGAAUGUUUUCUACUGGUUUCAAAACCAUAAAGCUAGAGAAAGACAAAAACGACGUCGAGUUUCUAAGGAUCAUGAUGCUCCUUGCUUUCAACUUGAGGAAGAUCAUCUUAAACCUGUUGCUCCUACUAAAUAUUUUGGUGAGAUAAAUCAAAUUCCAUUUGAGCCUGAAAGAGCUAUAGAAACACUUCAACUCUUCCCACUUCACUCAUACCAUGAACAAGAGUUCGAUAAACUAAGGAUGAUCUCAGAUGAAUGCAAGGAGAAUAAUGCAACAUUUGCUGCUUACACAAUUGGAAGAGAAAUAAUGAAUCACCCACCUUUAGAUUUGCGCUUAAGUUUCUUUUAAUUAGGCUAAGUUUACGUAGUUAAUUGUUGUUAUUAAUUAGAAUCACACUAACUAGCUAGCUAGAUUAAUGUUAAUUAAAGAAAUUAAGAUAUAAACAUGAAUAUUUUCUUUAGAAAAAAGAGUAGCACCUAUCCAUAUGAUAUGAUCUGAUAUGAUAUGCUUUUUUUUUUUCCCUAAGUUUUAACUCGUGUAUUAUAUUUAAUAUUUACCCACAAUAUUGUGAUUAGUGCAUGCAUGCAUGGUUAUGGAUUU